AUGUUGGACUUAGAAUCCGACACCCAAGUUGAUCAGACGCGUAAGCAGGUAUCGUCGCGGUCAAAGCUUCGCGACAGCUGCCAUGCCUGUGCCAUUUCCAAGGUUAAAUGUCCCAAAGAAAAACCAUCAUGUUCAAAAUGCGAAUGCCGUGGCAUCACAUGCCAGUACUUCUUGGCUAAACGUCCUGGUCGCAGGCGUGAGAACAACACAGUCAACGGCACAGGGAGCAACACAAGUCGAUGCCAGUCCAGCAAAAGUCUUGCAACAAGCUCCAACUCCAGCUCCAGCUCCAAUUCCAACUCUAACCCCAAUACCAAAUCCAAUACCGACAGCAGCCGGUCUAUGGAGUGGGAGGCACCUCUAGAUAUGCAACCCACUCCCGGAACCGGCUUGCUAUCAAAAGGAGGCACAAUAAUUCCAACCAAUUCGUAUGGCACCGAUGGCUACCUUAUGACACCUUUAAGCCUAAGCGUCCCGGCAUCUCCAAGACAAGACAAUAUGUUUUCAACAAAUGCAGCACAAUUUUCUGUACCUGGCGAGGUCGGCAUGUUCUCUGGUCUAGUAGAUUUUGGAUCUGAGGUCAACGACAUGGAUUUCAUCAUGUCGGCCAUGGAUUCUCCGUUUGACCUGCUUGGAAUGGAGUGCGGUGGCAUCACUGGUAGCAUCACGCAAACACCAAAUGAUAUUGAGUCGCUCCUCAUGCCAACCGAGAGAGUCGAUUUUGACCAUGCUUCAUUGGAUACGCCAUCCUCACUUGAUUUAUUGAGCACAUCGAGCGCGGCGUCAUCAACCGCCUCCAAUAUCCAUUCGCUGCCGACUGGGAUGACGAGUAUAUCGGAUAUCAUCGAAACCUCACCGUGUGGAUGUCUGAUGCAAGCACUAGAUCUCUUGAAGAAGCUUUCCACUAGCUCAACCUCUUCCCGCACGGCAUUUCCCAGUCUGGAUGCCACGGACAUGCCAAGAACUGUUAAUGCUAGUUCAGCGCAGACUGUCGUCUUCGAAAAUAAGCAAGGCAUGGAAGCUGUCAGUAGCAAGCUUGCAUGCUCGUCGUGCGUUGACGAUGGCUUCUUGCUAACAGUCAUCUCCAUGAUCGUGCUGAAAAUAUUAGAACGAUAUGCCACUGUGGCGCAGGCACAGCCGCGCAAGACUGGAAAAAGCGAGCCGGAAACUGACAAUCCAGUGAGGCUAUCGAUCAGCACUACUUCUGGUAGCGAUGACUGGAUGAGAGCGCCAAAUCAUGUCCUUAAUGGAUCGUAUGACGACGGAGGAAGCGAGCGCGUGGCCGCUCAGCUUGUUCUCAGCGAGCUGCAUCGCGUGCAGAGGUUAGUGAACCAGCUGUCACCGAAACUCAAAGGGCCAAAGGAGAGAGAAGGUCAAAAUAUAGCCCCGAAGAUGAGGUACUGGGGCCGUCCUAGGGCUGCAGGAGAUGGUGACAGAAUGACGUUGACUUCUAUCUUGGCUGGCACCUUGGACCAAAUGGAGAGGGAUGUUCGCAAAAGCUUGAGUACUCUGUCAGCAGAGAUAAUCAACGGGCUACGGCAAGUUUAAAUUAGUACGUGCCGGACAUAUGAUGGUUAUUUGGAUUGAAACCCCGUACAUUCUCCACCUAAGGGGUGAGUCAAUAGACAGACUCAAGGUGGAGCUACAGAAACGGGCAUAGUAUAUAGCUUAAUAG